AUGAAUUUGAUACAGGCCUGUAGGUGGGUGAAAGAAUUAUCUUCUGAUCUAAUCGUUUCCAGUGAAUCUAUGUCAGAAAAGAAGGACAAUGCACAAAUUAUGAAUUGGAAGCUACCUCCUGCCCGAUUUGUGAAGAUCAACGUGGAUACUACUUUCAAGGCGGAAAGUCAGCAAGUUGCUACUGGGGUGAUUAUUCGAGAUGAAAAUGGUCAGGUUCUAGCAGCCAAAUGCAAAUGGUAUGGCUCGAUCCCAAAUAUUCCCUCUGUUGAAGCCUAUGCUGCACGUGAUGGGGCUGUUUUGAUGGAUUUGCUGAAUCGGCCGAAGAAAUGCGUACUCCAAGACGCUGAAGGUCGCCAGGGAGCAGUUGCUAGGGCUAGCUCGGCUUACAGGUCUCCGGGCAACCAAGAAGUUGCGGCUAUAGAGUCCCCCGAAGUCGAAGAUGGGGGUUGA